AUGAUGUUCGUCGUAUUGAUCACCUUCGUCCUUGCGCUUGCCCACAAAGCAUCCGCCCAUUUCAAGAUCAACUACCCGACCUGGCGUAGUGACACCUUCAAUGAAGCUCUCAACUACUCCCAGUGGACGUAUCCUUGCGGCGGCGUUCCCGAUGGUGUCGGCAACCGAACCGAGUGGCCCAUCACCGAUGGUGCUGUCCAACUCACCCUACAUCAUCCCUGGACCUAUCUCUUCGUCAACGUUGGCCUUGGCUCUUCUGUCACUAACUUUAACAUGUCCUUCACGCCUGACCUGAUGAACGUCACUGGCCAAGGCGGAUUCUGUCUUCCGUCGCUCUCCGUUCCCAUGAAGGUCAGCGACGGCACUAAUGCCACCAUUCAAGUUGUUACCAGUGGUGAUUCUGGUUCUGCUUUGUAUAACUGUGCUGACAUCGUCUUUCGAUCUUCUGCAAAAGUUCCGGCUGGCGUGUGCAAGAACGACACGGGCAUGUCAGCCGUCAUCGUUGGCCAUUCGUCGGCUGCAGCCUCUAAUUCAUCAGCCACAGCGGCUUGCCCGUCCUCCACUUCUGCCCAUAAUUCGGCGACGGGAAUAGCCGUAGAAGGAAUUGUACUAGCAGUUAUGCUCGGUCUAGCCGGUGUCUUUGCUACCGGUGCAGUCUGA